AUGUCGCCGUACAUUGACCUCAUAUCGCGGACGGGUGCGGGACGGGAGCCCUCCGCUCCAGUUUUGCUUCCGCAGCAGGUCAAUGAGGAGGUCAUGGAACUGGUGGUGCAGUACAUGACAUACCACAGCGUGGCGGGGCGCUCGGACAAGGAGAAGCGCCAAUUCAACGAAAAGUUCGUCCGCAUCGACACCAAGCGCCUCUGCGAGCUCACCUCUGGCGCCGACGCGCUGAAGAUGCGCCCGGUGGUCGACCUCGCCAGCCGCCAGCUCGCGCGCAUGAUUGAGGGCAAGAGCCCUGACGAGAUACGGGCGGCGUUCAACCUGCCGGAUGACCUUACAGAGGAGGAGAAGCUGGAGCCCAUACGGAAUGUGGGGGAGGACGCGCGCAUACGGCUGCUGAACAGGCUGUACGCCAAGAAGCGGCAGGAGCUCGUCGCGCGAAAGGGGACGGCCCCCUCCGACGCGACAUGCGGCGGCGGCGCUUCCACGUCGGCGCCGGCGCCGGCGCCAGCGGCUGCGGCCGCGCCGGCUGCAGCAGAGCGCAGCGACAGCCGGAGCGUGGAGGAGCUCCUCUCCUUCAUAGAGGCAGGGGGCGGCGGCGGGAGCGGCGAUCUUGGCGCAGCUGCGGCAGCAGCAGCGGGCCCUGGGUCCGCCUCUAAGAGGAAGAAGAAGAAGGCCCAGAAGCCCAAAUGCGGGGCCGGCGGCGGGACGGGCAGCGGCGCCGGCGCCAGCGGCGGCGACGGCGACCGCGACUUUGUGGCGGGCGGCGGCGGCCGGCUGGACCAGGGGCAGCGGUCCGGCAGCUUGGGGGGCGGCGGCGCCGUGGGGCUGGCUGAGCUGCUGGCCAACAAGCCAGUGGAGGAGCUUAUGGACGAGCUGUUCCCCGAGGACGGGUUUGAGGACUCAGACAAGGACCAGGAGCUGGUGGGGGAGUUCCAGCGGCGGCUGACGGCGGACUGGAGCGCGCGUGCACAGGAGCUGCUGCACGAGGCCGGCAGCUGCGACCUCUUAUCCAGCCACCUCAGCUCUUCCCCGCCCAGCGACCGCCAUUGCAUCGGCGGCGGCGAGGCUGGUGGCAGCUGCCGGGAUGCUGGUGCUUGCGGUAGCGAAGACGGCAGCCGGCAAGCCGCGGGUGACCUACUGGCAGCGAGCGGCGCAGAGUCGUCCUGCGGGGCAGGUGGCGCCGAUGCGCCGAGGCUCGCAGCAAACGGCGAGGACACUGCCGCAGUUGCUGCCGCCGCCGGCGGCAAGCGGGGAGAGGGCUGCCUGGCUCGCGUCGCAGAAGAGCUGGUGGUUGAGGCGGCGGAUGAGCUGGCUCUGGAGGUUGUGUUCGAAGAGCAACGGCAGCAGGGCGCAGCGGGUCGGCUGCAGCAAGGGCGCUGGCGGCGUGCCGACCCCUGGCGAGGUGCACGGCAGCGACAUCGCGCCUGGGACACCCCUGGCAUCGGCAUCCCCACCCGUUAG